AUGGCAUUGAGAACACAAUGCUUUGAUGGAUUCAUGAGAAAAAUUAAAAAUAAUUUUUGUGCCCUUUAUGUAUUUGGAGGACGAGCAAAACGUCCAAAUUUCUCAUCUCGUCAAAAAGGCGUUGGAGGGAAUCGAGUGGAGACCCAAAAUGUCGCUCUUGAUCAUAUUUCAAAGCGCAAAGGAGCUGUUUGCAUCGGUGCCCGAUUGCUUUCUGUAAAAAUAGCAUCUAUUCAUCUAGCGUCUAUUAAAGCAGACAUUUCGGGCAAUUCAAUCGCGCCCACUAAUCGUGCUGAACAGCUUGAAAACGAAAAAAAUCUAUUGGAUCCCUUUAUCGAUGUUCAUGAUCAGGCUGGUGGCGGCGGUGACGGAGCUCCAGAUGCAUCUGCUAAAACUCCAAAAAAGGCCACGUACUCACGUAGUAGCCCAGUGGCGCCUAGAGGAUUACCCAAUAUCCGCAAUAACUGCUACUUAAAUUCACUUUUUCAGUCGUUAUUGUCUGCAUCUGAAGUUAUCCUUUCCGAAUUUAAUAACAAGAUCUGGUAUCACCGAGAUGCCCACACGCAAUCAAAAGAAAAAAAGUACAUUGCUCGUGCUAAUGUGGAUAGAACACUGUUGGGGUUUGCUUGGUUUCCAAACGAGACCGAAAUCGAGUUUCCAUCCUCGCUAGCAUCGCAGUUUGCAUCCAUCUGGAAAAAGUGGCCGAAUUUCGGAAACGGCCGGCAACAAGACGUUCAUGAAGUCUUGCUGGAGCUUUUGGAUGCUCUGCACGUAGACUUUUCCGCCACAAAAAAGUCCGUCAAUUCUGAAUUUAGAAUAUCAACCUUUGACGGUUUGGAUGGUAUUGCUUCGGUAAGUCAAUGGUCGCUCAGUUGCAGUCUUCCGAUCGAGCCAUUUCCUGUUUUCGAAGCAGCCCUGUUUUUGAAAUCUUUCACAGCAUCAUUGUCACAAUUCUGGAAUGCUCAUUUUGUAAAAUAG